UGUACUGGUACAGUUGUGCAGGUCGUGGUCGUGCAUUCGAGCCGUGCAUAAAUAGAAAAAUAUUGGUGCAGGAAACUGCGCAGUGAAAAGAAAAAGGAAAAUCUUUAUUUGCGAUUGUGAAAUACCUGUCCUUCAAGUUUUUAAGAACAACAAGAAACCAAAACAAUGUCUACAUUGCAGAAAGGAUUCAAUUCUUUAAUGAAAUUACGUCGAGCCCAAAGUGCUCCGAUUGCUCUCUACCAUGCAAAUGUGCUUGAUCAUUAUGAGAACCCGAGAAACGUUGGAUCGAUGGACAAGAAAGAGAAAAACGUCGGAACCGGAUUGGUUGGUGCACCGGCUUGUGGUGACGUCAUGAAGUUGCAAAUUCGGGUUGAUGAAAAUGGAAAAAUUAUCGAUGCUAAAUUCAAAACAUUUGGCUGCGGAUCAGCCAUUGCUUCUAGCUCACUGGCUACCGAAUGGGUAAAGGGAAAAACACUUGACGAAGCAAGAAAGCUUAAGAAUACUGACAUUGCAAAGGAAUUAUCUCUUCCUCCGGUAAAGCUUCAUUGUUCCAUGCUGGCUGAAGACGCUAUUAAAGCCGCCUUGGAAGAUUACAAGAAGAAGCAAGAUAAAUAGAUUGUUACCCUACAGGCAUAGCAUUACACGAGUAAUUAAAAUCUGGUUAUGUAAAUUAGAAUGAGAGAAUGAUAAAAUAAAUGUAUGUACAGCUCUAAGUGUUUG